AUGAGACCUAUUCUUUUGUCAGGGCACGAGCGUGCGCUCACCCAGAUUCGAUACAACCUCGAUGGCGACAUCAUCUUCUCCGUCUCCAAGGAUCAGCAGAUUUGCGCUUGGUUCUCUCACAACGGCGAGCGUCUCGGUACCUACCACGGCCAUGUCGGUGCCAUCUGGACUGUCGACGUCGAACCCACAACGACCAUGAUCGCCUCCGGCUCCGCAGACAACACCAUCCGCCUCUGGAACGUCAAGUCCGGAAAGAACAUCAAGACCUGGGAGUUCCCCACCGCCGUCAAGCGUGUCGAGUUCAACGAGGACGGCACUAAGCUGCUCGGCGUGACGGAGAAGCGCAUGGGCUACCUCAGCAACAUCGUUGUCUACGACAUCAACCCCGACCCCGACGCCGAGCAGACCGAGGAGAGGGCCCUCACCAUCGUCUGCGACGAGAGCAAGGCCACCGUCGCCGGCUGGAGCUACCUCAGCAAGUACAUCAUCGCCGGCCACGAGGACGGCAGCGUCAGCCAGUACGACGCCAAGACCGGCGAGCUGCUCGACAACGUCCCCAUCCACGAGCUCAACCAGCCCAUCGUCGACCUCCAGUGGUCCCCCGACAGGACCUACUUCAUCACCGCCUGCAAGGAUAAGACUGCCAAGCUCAUCUCUGCCCGCGACCUCUCCGUCAUCAAGACCUACACAGCCGACACCCCCCUCAACAGCGCCACCAUCACCCCCAAGAAGGACUUCGUCAUCCUCGGCGGUGGCCAGGCCGCCAUGGACGUCACCCGAACCUCCGCGCGGCAGGGCAAGUUCGAGGCCCGCUUCUACCACAAGAUCUUCGAGGACGAGAUCGGCCGCGUGAGGGGCCACUUCGGCCCCCUCAACACCGUCGCCACCGACCCGACCGGCAAGAGCUACGCAAGCGGCGGAGAGGACGGCUACGUCCGUGUCCACCACUUCGACAAGGGCUACUUCGAUUUCCUCUACGAGGUUGAGAGGGAACGCAUCAACCGCUUG